AUUAUUCUGCGACUCUACCGGAAGAGACGUGGCAAAAUGUCAGCAUCUGAAAACAUUCGCAUUUUCUAGAUUUAGCUGACCAAGUUGGUAGGGCAGAACAUCAGUAUUUUUACAACCCCUUCCUUCAUACGAAAAAGCAUCGAGGAGAAAGCUUGCGUAACAGUACUACAGACAGACCAUGGGUCUGUGCAAGUGUCCUAAGAGGAAGGUGACCAACCUGUUCUGCUUUGAACAUCGGGUGAAUGUUUGUGAGCAUUGCCUGGUCUCCAACCACAACAAGUGUAUAGUGCAGUCCUACCUCCAGUGGCUUCAGGAUAGUGACUACAGCCCUAACUGUCAACUGUGUAAUAACCCACUGAUCUCCCAGGAUACUGUCAGAUUGGUCUGCUAUGAUGUAUUCCACUGGGCCUGUCUUCAUGACCUGGCAGCCCGGUUGCCCCUACACACUGCUCCUGCGGGAUACCAGUGCCCCAGCUGUCAGGGUCCAGUGUUUCCCCCCUCCAACCUGGCCAGCCCAAUAGCUGACAUGCUGAGGGAACAGCUCUCCUUAGUCAACUGGGCAAGAGCUGGACUAGGCCUACCUCUGAUUGAAGAACCUGUAGAAGCUAUUCAAGACAGCACACAGGAUGUCACUGAUUAUGCUGACUGGUCCACAUUUGAUGCCUCAGCAUUGGAGACCACUGAAGCUUACCCCACCCACCCCUACACCCCCAGCCCGGCCCCUACUCUAGUUCCACCUCCAGUACAGGAAGAUCAUGGAAAUCUCCACAACAACGGAGGGAUGGUAGCACAAGAACAACACUCUGGGGUCAACAUGAUCACUGCAACCACUAGUGACACAAUCACCCUACACACAGCAUCAACCCCAAGGAAAGUCUAUGACACACGGGACUCUGGUCCCAGCUCUGGUUACAGCUCUGGACACAGCUCUGUGACACAGAUUGACUUUGACGACGACAAGUACCGGCGACGACCAGCACUCAGCUGGUUUGCACAGAUUCUCAAAAACCGGACGGGUUCAAAGAGGACAGGCUUGUCCUGGAAGCAGAGGGUCUUCAUGCUCCUUCUGGUUGGAGUGCUGGGAUUCUUUACCUUGAUUAUCAUUAUGGCUAAACUGGGCCGUGCUUCAGCUGACUCCGACCCCAACUUAGACCCCCUACUAAACCCCAACAUCCGAGUGGGCAAAAACUGACCAGCACCCAACUCCAUGUCCUGGUGAGUGUUGAACAUGGGGCCGAUCUAAGUCCAUCUAAGAUGGUGGGACCAGUAGAGGCAGAGAGGCAUCUUCUCUUUCGGAGAUGAAAGAAGAGGACAGGAUGUUGCGUUUUUGCCCUGGAAAUGAUAGCAACCUUACACCCUUUUCCCCUCUUUGGGAUAGGCAGUUGCAAAUUUCCUAUUCAUCUACUACUAAGAACUAAUGGGCUAUAUAACCUGUGUGUGUGUGUGUGUGUGUGUGUGAACACAUUCAAUUAUUUACAUUGCUUUGAGAUGUAUGUCAAAUUAAUAUAUUUUGACCCACUGUACAUUAAAGUAACUGUACAGUGAAAAUCUCACUUUAAGUUCAUACUCUGUUUAACUUAUACCCAAAUAAUGUUGUUGACUCAUCCUAUACUUAUAUUUGUGGCCAAAGCAUAAAUUGGAGAUUUUUUAUUUUUUAUUUUUAAACAAACUCAAACUGAACUCAAACUUGUAUCUCAAACAGGCCGUUUAAAAAAUGCUAGCUAUUUACUCAUAGAGGAUGAUGUCAUCCUGAGGAUGAGCUGGUCAAUCAGCGCUUUACUUGCAUUAAUAUUUUUUAACAUAAUUACCUUUUUUGGGGGGAAGGAAGGAACUAUUUCACUCCUAUUGUAAUUAGUUAUAGGUCAUAUUUAAUAUAAAUCUGGAAACACUGGACAGUUACUUUAAAUGAGAUUGCAGUGUUGGUAAUGGUGAUGGGAAAACAGAAAUACUGUAUUCUAUGUAUGGCACACAAAUAUGGCUUGUUGCAACAUCUGCUAAAAACAAAGGUAUUUUUGGAGUGGGCAUCAAUAACAGUUUUUCAAGUUACUUGAGUGAGUGUGCGGUUUGUGUUGAACUGGAAGAAUGCUGUGUCUGACAUUCACAUAUUGUUUUUGUAUGUUGAUUAAAUCUUAAAGUAUGUAAAUAUAGAAAUUGAAUGAAAUGCGGUGUGUUUUGUGUUGAACUGGAAUAAAUGUUUCUUACCAAUUGUCUCCCAAAUUCUGAAUGCAAUAUAAGUUGUAAUCUUUGGACAAAGAAAAUGUUGAACAGAUAGUCUGAGGAUAUUAAAAUUGAGUGGUUGUUAACCCAGGGGACAUUGUUCAUCUUGGUAUAGCAUUAAAAUAACAUAGUGUUCUAAAAUCCACAAGUGCCCUGUGCCCCAACCUGGUCCCAGAGUACUUUGUAUUAUUCUGUAUGUAAAUCCGAAACACUCCAUUUUACUAUUAUGUUUCAUAUGGUAUGUAUUAAUUUGUGGAUGUCCAUCACCCAUUUCAUGACAUGUUACGAAUUUGCUAAACGUAUGAUAUGUUAUGAAAUCUAGCUAGGUGGCUAACAUUAGCUAGGCCUGGGGUUAGGGUUAGCUAACAUGCUAAGUAGUUGUAAAGUUGCUAAAAUUCUAAAGUUAUCCGUGAUGAGAUUGGAAAUCGCACCCAUCCACCACGACCAACCGCCCUACUUCCAAUUUUGCCUUAAGUAAUCAUCUGUCUUACGUAACUAUACCAUACUAAACGUAUCAUGCUAUUUUCAGGGUUGUGGAUUUACAUUCGCUAUGUUACAUAUAGUCUGAGGCCAGGCUGUGUGCUCAGACACUAUGUUUGACAGAAUGGUCUACUUUCAAAGAUCCUUAACUUGCUUCUCUUGAGUUUGAAGUGUUACUAAAGGUGUCUGCGCAUUGCUGUGGUUCAAAUUUGGUUGUAAUAUUUGGAUAAUUCUUUGACCAUUUAACUUGCCAUUUUACAAAAACAAAAUGUGUUAGUGGGUAGGUGUGUUGAUAGGACCUCUCUUUUUAAAUGUUAUGUAUUGAAAUCACAUGUCUACAGUACACAAUAUCAAUUUGCUGUUCUUAUCUUUGCACUUUUGUGAAAAAUUACACUUUCAAAAAUAUCUCUCUUGCUGAUGCUUACUCUGCAGAAGACAGUUCUGUCAAUGUAAGAAGCUGUAUUUUUAUUUUGGAGCAAUAUGUCCUUUUGAUAAAGCUGACUUACAACCCCAAUUUUGUUUUGCUGUACUAUUCACAUUUCUCAAUUAAAUUAUGCUCUUUGUAAAGACUUAA